UGCCCUGCAGCAGAGUGAGCGGAGCGGGACUCUACACCGCCUCCGCCCGCAGCCACGGACGGACGGACGGACACGGGCCGGGGAUGGCGUCGCUCGGCGUGGGGCUGCAUCUCAUCCGCAAGCGGGGAGCGGGCAGGAGCGCCGCGGUGGAGAGGAAGAACCUGCUCACGGUGUGCAGGUUUUCAGUGAAGACUCUGCUGGACCGCUCCUGUUUCGAGACAAUAGACGACACGUCUCCAGAGUUCGUUAACUUUGUUUCCAUCCUGGAGCACAUCCUCAGUCAUCGACUCAAAGGUCAGACGACUUGGUUUGGUUAUGAGAGUCCUCGGAGUUUCUGGGAUUAUGUAAAAGCCGCCUGCGGUAAAGUCCCUCAUAAUUGCAUCCGGAGCAUCGAGAGCAUGGAGAACGUGCGAUCAUCGAGAGCUAAAGGCAGGGCGUGGAUCAGAGUGGUCCUGAUGGAGAAAAGAUUAUCAGAAUACAUCUCAUCUGCACUGAGAGACUUCAAAACCACCAGGAGGUUUUACGAGGAUGGAGCCAUUAUAUUAGGAGAGGAGGCGGGGCUGUUAGCAGACACGCUCAUCGGACUAAACACCAUUGACUUCAGCUUCUGUCUGAAAGGAGAGGGUCUGGACGGCAGCUGCCCCGCCGUGAUCGACUACACGCCUUACCUGAAGUUCACUCAGAAUGCAGACAGCAUCAGCAGCGACGAGGAGGAGAUGAGGACUCUGGGGAGCAGCGGCAGUGAGAGCAGCACCCCCGACAAAACGGCCACCGCUGCCUCCAUCUUCACCGAGCAGAGCAACCUGGUCAGCAAGUGCAAACGCUUUGAGCAGAAGUACCGGAUGGCGCUGGAGCAGAAGGGUUACCUGGAGGAGCUGGUGCGUCUACGAGAAGCCCAGCUGUCAGAGGCCGUGUCUCAUAACAAAGCUCUUCAGCAGACCCUUGCAGACACACACCUCUCCCACACACUGGAGAAGGAACAGCUGGAGUACAUCGUCCUGGAGCUGCAGGACCAACUGACGGUGCUGAAGAACAAUGAUUUGCGGUCCAGACAAGAGCUGACAGCCCAUCUGACCAAUCAGUGGCCGUCUCCCGUCGUCUUGGAUGCCAACGCCGUUGCCUUGGACACGCUGCUGUACAGGAAGAGCACGGGACAGUGGGAAGAGAAGAGUUUCCAGAGUCUGGAGCAGCUGUCUGCGGACAUGAGCCUCUCCCAGACGUCUCUUGAACCGGCACACACACUGAGUCUGGAGGGAAGGCCGAGCGGCACACACUGGCCGCACCAAGGUAAAGAGGAAACGCCGUCUCUGAGGGGUCUGUGCGGCUCCCUGACUUCAGUCGCAAGCUACAAGUCUCUGGCCAGCCUGAAGUCCAGCGAGUGUUUGGCAAGUCCUGCAACAGAGAUCAGCAGUCCAGGAUUCACUCCUUCAUAGGGAACGGAGAGCUAAAAAUAAAACAGAUCACCACCGGGGCCAGACAAUCCAGGAACUCUCUACAUGUAGGUGAUUCUGAUCUUGUUUACACCUGAUAUUAACAUGCGUCUUUGGGUGAUCUGAUCACUUGUGGACAGCACUAAAAACAAGCGUAACAUUUUGAUCUGAUUAUUCAAACCACUUACAGAAGAAGUCUGGGAUGCAUUUGACCAAACAGCUUUUGUAGUGUAAACAUGAGUGCAUCCUGAUCCCUGACAAGACCCUCUUACAUGGCCUGUUCAAAUCAGGAAUUUGGUGAUGUUGUGCCGCCUUGCAGUUCUUUUUAAGAGGUACGAACACUGAAUGGAGGGACGGGGUUAGUAGUAGUGGCGAAUCAGUGUGUAAAUGGACAGCCGUCAUGACGGACCCAUUGACCCGACAAAUAUGAUGCUCUGACAAUGUGUUAUUACAGAUUUGCGCAAAAAUUAAGCAAUGUUUUCGAAAUGUCGAUGAAACAUAA